AUGAACAUGGCAUCGCUGGGAAGUCUUCCCGGCGAUCUCAUUCUCGACAUCGCCCAGCAUCUCGAUACGGCUCGAGAUGUGGCCCAUCUGGGAGUCGUGUCGAAGCACGCCCGCACCGUCAUCAACCAGAGCGGAUGGCGCAGCUUCGUGAGAUCCAGGUUCCCAUCUUUCGACGUUGCGCCAGGAGCCUUGACGGGAUGGGAUGCCGUGGCAGACCGCUUGACGUAUCUGGACCGGUGCUGGGACAGCCGUGGCUUCUCUUUGACCGUUUACGGAGAAAAGGCACCGGCACGGCCCAAGAGGAGGGAGUUUGCGAGGAGCAGGCAGUCGGUCAACUUUCACUCGGUCAUGGAUGCUACGACGGUUUCGUCAACGCAGGAGGAGAUGCUGGUCUACGGCGCGGGAGAAAACUUGGUGUUUCGGCGAAAGGAGGACGCGGAUGCGAGAGGGAAAGACAGUUGGAGCAAGUUGGCGGGUCGUGAAGCAGGCUAUGCGGCUGGAACGGGCGACGUAACGGCGAUAAGCAUCAUUCAGCGCCAACAAUUCCCCGAGGUGGUUGUUGGGAGAGCUACGGGGGACCUCCAGCUCUUGGCUGCUAAAGAUGAGGCUUUGUCAGAUGCGUCUCAAAGUUUUACGCCUAUGCACGACGUAAGUGAUACGUCCAAGACGCCAUUGACGCGGAGAUCUCCCGGCCAAAGAGCGGUGUCGUGGACGGAAUGGCAGCCGAACGGUCAACUUCUAGCGAGCUGCAGAAGCUCGGAGUUGACGCUGUACAACCUUUCAGACACAGAAGAAGCGGUGCUCAAGCCGAUGCUCUUUUACGACGUGUCCAAAGACAGCGCUGUGGAUGAGAUUUCGCUCUUGCGCAGCGUCAAGUUCAUGAGCCAGGAUGUGGUGGCUUGUGGACUGGGGGGUUGCAGUGAUCCCCUGAGAUGGGCCAAGAUUCGGCCUACGGGAAUUGAAAUGCUCGACGUGGGAAAGAAGGGUACUGUGGGAGACUCUGCGGAGGGCUCGGAGAAGACGACUGUGCGUUCCAUGCAGCCGGUGCCCAGGAUGAAUGAGAACCUGCUGCUCAGUGCUUGGGACGACGGAAGCCACAGGCUCUCUGAUUUACGAUCUCCCUUGGGCCACGAUGUCCUAUAUCGUGAUGGCUUUCAGCCAUACCAGGCCAGCAGCUCACUGCUAGUAUACGGAUCCGAACGCUUUGUAGCAGGCAACAACUGCAGCCCCGACAUCCGAUUCUUCGACUUUCGAUUCCCAAAGUCAUAUCAUCACUCGAGCGCCAUGCCUUGUUCUGCGGAUGCCCCUACUCCCGGACGGCCUUUUCAGUUCGGCGACAUUGGCGAAACGAAUGGUCUUCAGAUUCAGACGACUGCAACUUGCAACCCUUCGUGUGGCCAAACAUGUACAUGGCACCGUCUCUCAAAACAGGACAGCUGGCGACCAGACGCAGUCAUACACAUCUACAGCGCGUCCAUGGACCGCGUGCACUGUCUCGCCAAAGCAUCCGAUCUAUCAACCUCCUUCUACUGCGGCGUCAGGGGAGCCCUCGUGGAGGCAACAUACGCCCUCGGCGAGGACGUAUAUUCCGGCGCCGCAGUCUCGCGCAGAUCGGCUCCAGAAGGGUGGCAGGCCAGCGACCCCGAGGGAAGAGUCUCGCUCAUGGAAACGGGGGUCGGCCUGCGUGAUGGGGAGGCGCAGUUGGAGGAGCAGACACAGACGAGGAUGCCGGAGCUGUAUUACUAUGAGCGGUGGAGGAUUCCAGAGGCGGGAAGUGAGGAAGAGGCAGAGCCGUUUAAGAGAGAGGAGGGACGGCGACUAGAUCCGGCUUUGGUGGCUGGUAGAAGGGGUAGGGGUUGA